AUGGCGUCCACCGAGCAGACACUCGACAAGGCGUCCCCUGCCUUGUUUGAGAUGGACCGCCGUCUGUCGAUAAGCCAACAAAAGUCGGUGCCAACAGAAGUUAAUACUGGUCCUGUGGCAAUCAAAUCCAGCACAGAAGGGGCGGAAGGGGAGCAAGAAAACAAGUCGCCCCGGAAGUAUUUGACAGGCUGGAAACUAUGGCUAUUAACAAUUGGUGUUUGGAUUGCCCUCUUUCUCUCUACUAUUGAGACCACCAUUGUUAGUACUUCGCUGGUUUCCAUCACCAACGCCUUGAAUGGCUUCCUUAUUAAGGACUGGGUUGUCACUGCUUACCUAUUAACCUACACAGAACUCGGUCCACCAGGCCAUCCUGCCAAUGCUCAUGUAUGGCUUAGGAUUAUAUUCCGUGCAUUCCAGGGUAUUGGUGCAUCAGGGAUCUACUCUAUGGUCAUGGUGAUUGCGCCAGAUAUGGUCCCUCCUGAGAAAUAUGGCAAGUAUAUGGGCAUUGUAUCAACUGUUUUCAUUGUCGCCAGUGUCCUGGGUCCCAUCCUUGGUGGCGUCAUCAACACGCAUUCUUCAUGGAGAUGGGUAUUUCUUUUUAAGUAA